AUUUUUCGCAUUUUCCAGGAAAAGUGUGUGUGUGGAUUCAUUUUUACCGAAAACUUCGCUAAACGUCAAGAUGACUGCCUGGAGAACAGCUGGUUUGAACUACAUCCGCUAUUCGGCCAUUGCCGCAAAAACCGUUCGUCGUGCCCUGAAACCGGAAGCUCGAGCAGAAGCUGCGAAGCGAGAAACGUCAGCGUUGAAAGUAACUCUGUGGAAAGAUGGGAAGCCUCAAGAGAUAAUGAAUUUUCAGACUAUCAAUUCCAAGAUGAAAGUUUCGAAGAAAGCAUCUGUGGGGAAAUCCACGAAAAAGAAGCAAGCCCAUAAAAAAGGAAAAGUCGACGAUUUUGACGAGGAACUAGGGGAAGAAUCUGACGUCAGUUCGGAAUCGGAUGAAGAUUAUGGAACUGUUCAUAAACCUCCUGCGGAACUUGAAGUAGCUAGUGACGAGGAAGACUUCGAAGGUGAGGGGGAACAUGAAGACGACGGCGCAAAUAAAGUGAAAAUCACUCUGAAAUUGUUAUCAACAUGGACUACUCUUCUGCGCACGGAAUCGGCGAAGAAGCUUUUGCCGACGAUCGCCGACGUGGUGAACGCUUUCGAGGCGGCUGCUCACAGCGCAUCCAACACUGCUGUAGCAAAUCUUCCGAAGAAAGCUCAGAAGGACCUGAAGAAGAAAGAAUCUGAAAAGAAGCCGUUUUCCUCUCGGUUUGUCAUUCAUGGCGACGCCGUGUUCAACGCCGUAAUCCAACUUUGCCUCUUGGAGUUGCUUCCUGCGCUCAAUCGAUUUUUAAAGCUGUCGACCGAUGCGAAGCACACUGUCAAAAUGCACCACGUUGUAGCGUCGAGAACAUGGAAGCGAGCAGAUGCGUCAGUGCGGCGGUACUGCGUUGCCAUUUUUCGUAUGCUCGAGUGUCUCGGCGAUUCCGGAGCUCUUGUUUCCAUGUUGAAACACGUGCACCAACUGGUUCCGUAUUUGUUGGCGUCGAAGAAGCGAUCGCUGACACAGUCUUACUUGAAAUCUUUGAUUGGGCAUUGGUCGUCAUCUCCGUCUGAUACAGCUCGUUUGCUUGCCUUCAUGUCCAUUCUUCGUAUUGUGCGGAACGAAACCUCUGGGCUGCUUGAUAAAACCAUGAAGACCAUGUACAAGCAUUUCGUGAGAAACAGCAAGUUCGCAUCGAGGGCAGGGUCUGCUAAGUGGAUCAGUUUUAUGAAACGAUCGAUGGCAGAGAUGUAUACGCUCGAUGAAGCUCUUGCGUAUCGUCAUGGUUUUGUUUACAUUCGUCAGCUUGCGAUUCAUUUGCGAAAUGCAACUACCUUGUCGACAAAGAAUGCUUCGGAAUUGGUUUUCAACUGGCAAUACUUGCAUUGUCUCGACUUCUGGGGACAUGUCCUGAGUGUAACUCAUCCGUCUGAUGUUCUCUCGCCAUUGAUUUAUCCUUUGACUCAGGUGACAAUCGGUACAAUCUCUUUGACGGAAGCUGCUAGGUUAUUCCCCGCCAAACUGUUCUGCAUAAAAAUUUUGGUGGAAUUGGGAAGAAGAACGAAAACGUACAUCCCGACGCUACCUUUUGCGCUUGAUGCGUUGAACAAAGUCGGCCUACGUGUGAAGAAGAAGAAAGGCACGGUUGGAGGAAAUACGUUUUUCGACUUCUCGCGGAUGUUGAAAGUUUCUGCUGGACAGACAGAAACCAGAGCGUUCCAAGAUUCAAGUUUUGCGGGAGCCUUCGGAGCACUCGUGGAAAGCUUCCAUUCGAAUUUUUAUUCGGUUUCUUUUCCGGAACUCGCUUUUCCCGCUGUUGUGCAGAUGCGAAGCUUCCUGAAAUCCGUUAAAGUUAUCAACUAUUGUCGAAAGGUGAAACUUCUGUUGGAUAAAGUUCUGGAGAAUUCCCGAUAUAUUCAAGAGCAACGUGCAAAACAGAAGAUGACUUUGGAUGACAUGAGCUCGAUCACGAAUUUUGAAAUCCGGCUGGAGCAGGAAAAGAAAGCUCCGUUUCUUCAAUUCUACAUGAACUGGAAAUCCGAAGAGGAACGGAAAGAAGUCUUAUUACAUCAAGACGAGGUUUCGGUGGAAUCAGUGAAGGAUAAGCGAAAAUACGAAGCGCAAGCGAAGAAGGAAAAAGCUGAAGAGGAACGAAUGGAGAAGCAGAGGAAAAAAGAUAGAAAAGAAUUGAAGGAGCUGUUUAUGGACAGUGACGAGGAGAACGCAUCAAGAAAAAGGAAAAAUAAGAGCGGCCGGGGCGAACUGGAAACCGACGAUGUACAAGUCAAAAAGCAGAAAGUGAAACCAGUAUCGCAAAAUGGAGAAGACGUUGUGGAAGAAUUGGAUGCUUCUGACUUCGAGUUCUCAUCCUCGGAAGAAGAAGACGAAGAAAGACCGUCAAAUGCUAAAAUGAAUGGUAACCGUGGCAAGCACUCGAUGAAGAAGAAGAAGGCGCGGUCAGACGACAGCGAAGAUUCUGAUGGGAGUAUCGGUGACGAAUCUGAUGAGAGCGUUGAUGACGACGACGACGAUGAAAUGUCCGACUCGUGAUUUGUUGUUCGUUUGGAAUCCGUUCGUUUUGGAAGAAGUAAACGAAUGUUUUUGAUUCGUGGUGAA